AGGAAUUGGUGCAUUCAGGCCGGGAAUUCGCAAAGUGGGAUAGCUUGGUGGAGGACCAAAACGCUGCAUGCUGAUUAGCCAAGGCGGAGGCGCCAGUGGUGGGAUCGACAGGGCUUCGACCAGUUCAGGAGAGAGGUCUCCAGGUCUCUUCUCUUUCAGAGAGGUCUCGAAUUCUUUUCCUUCGUAGUACCUGGGAUGAAGUUAGGGACAGUGGCUCGAGUGGGUGACUUCUCCACGCACAUCUCUCCGUAACCAGUGGUAACAGGUUUUGUGGCAAAUUUGAAGAAAGCGUCGUGAAGCUUCUGAUAGUCAAUGUCGAUUUUGCCCAUCUUGGGUUGAACCCUCUCUCUCGUCUUCUGUUUCAAGCUCAUAUUGGCCUCCUUCUCCUUCACCGCAUCUCGCAUCGUACCGAUCCCAGUGUCGGCAAUGUAGGCAGGUAAUUGGAACGGAGGCUUUUCGAUACCGCGCUUGCCUUGAAGAUAAUCGCGUUUCGCGGACCAGUGGAUAGGGAUAGGAAUUGUGUUGCGAUAGGAUUUGAGGUGCAGAAGAAGACGAGGAUCAGCUGCUGUGACAUCCGUCCAUUCGACAACUUCCGGUUUCUUCACUAAUCGCUUCAGCUCCGCAACAGUUAAACGGGAAAGCUUCCGUUGUUUCUUCUUUGACAGAGGUUUGCUCUCAGCGUCCGAAUCGCCCUCAGACGCCAUUUCAUCGUCCGAGUAUAUGACUUCUCCUUUCGACGGAAUGCUUUCCUUAGCCUGGGUCGAAAGUCGUCCAUCAAUCAACAAAGUCUGUGAACACAAGACUCACGGCAGAUUCCUCUGGAGGAGCCUGAAAACGAGCAAAGACAUCGGAAAACGAGUCCAUAACGGAGCCGUUGGCAUCCAAUUGCUCGGUCACGUACUCAACAUUUUCCUCCUCAUCCACAUUCAUGGCAUCCCCGUCAUCUCGAGGUGUCUCCUGGGGACAAUGCUCAAUCCGAGUAGUGACGGGGUUUGGGAACGCACCUGUGGAUUUUGAGCAGCGAGCUCCUUCUUCUGCUUCUGCUUGAGACGACGGAGCUGGUUUUUGGACUUGAUGGUCUUGACGCCAUUGGACUGAGAAGUCGUCUGAGCGACCAUGACAAGCCGGUCGAAGUUGGCGAUGAUCAGGCGCGGUACAUUCCAAUAUUUGCACCUAUUGUUGGGGCAAGCCAUCAGUGCUCUGAUCGAAUCUCAAGUUUUUGGCCUCGACGCGCGCGGAAGAGUUUCGCGAUGCAGAGCGACGACGUUAUAUGGUCCGUUAUCAACCACCAGUUCUGCUCAUACAAAGUCAAAACAACAACCCAAAAUUUUUGCCGGAACGAGUACAACGUUACCGGUUUUUGCAACAGACAGUCUUGUCCAUUAGCCAACUCGAGAUAUGCGACUGUCCGAGAACAAGAAGGCGUGUUGUAUCUGUACGUGAAGACGAUCGAGCGUGCGCAUUCGCCUGCGAAGAUGUGGGAACGAAUAAAACUGUCCAAUAACUACUCAAAAGCCCUCGAGCAGAUCGACGGCGAACUCAUCCACUGGCCCAAUUUCCUCAUUCACAAAUGCAAGCAACGUAUCACCAAGAUAACGCAAUACCUGAUUAAAAUGCGAAGAAUGAAGCUGCGACAAGAACCCAAACUUGUUGGAAUCAAGAAGAAAUUGGACCGGCGAGAAGCCGUUCGGGAGCGGAAAGCACUCUCUGCGGCUCAAUUGGAGCGAUCGAUUCAAAAGGAGCUCAUUGAGCGCCUCAAGUCCAAAGCAUAUGGCGAUGCACCUCUCAAUGUGAACGAAACUGUAUGGCAAGCCGUCCUGGAUCGGGAGAAGAACGCCGGAAAAGAAACGGAAGAUGUUGAGCUGGAGAUGGAGGAUGAUGAGACGGACGAGGAGGAUGAAAAUGAGUUGGAGGACGAUGACGAAGGCUGGGGCGAUCGAGAGUUUGUUAGCGACAUGAGUGACAGCGAGGACGAUGGUCUCAGUGACCUAGAGGAUGUCGGAGAUGAUGCGGAGCAAGCUGCAGAAGAUGAUGACGACGAAGCGUCAGACGAGGAUGAGGGUGAGGAUGAUCCGUCGAAGAAACCCAAAUCAGCACUUGGCAAGCGGAAAACGGGGCCGUCCAAGACACCGACGAGACGUCCGGACAAAAAAUCCAAGAAGGGACCUCGAGUCGAAGUCGAAUACGAGAACGAAGUCGAGACGGUUCCCCUCACGCGUUCUGCCUUGGCGUCCUGGUAGACCAGCACGGAAGAUUCAUAUUGACGGACUGUUAAAAGUACAAUAAUUGAUGGGUAGCCCGCCAGGUUUUUCUGAGAGAUCAGGCCCUCUUUUCCC